AUGAUUCCCAGCCAGACGCUGCCGUGGUCCCUGGCCAUCACUCUGUUGUUCAUUCCAGGAUGUUUGGCCACAGAAUUCGGCGAUGACUUCGCCAAUAACCUAUUCACAGACUUGGCGCCACUCAUUGCCCUCUUCGGAGAAAGAGUUACUAUGCAGUACAUGAGCCAGGCCACGGGUUGGGCUGAUAGCUUUACUCUCGCGAUGGCCCCGCUUGGAAUCCUCACCAUCAUUGUCAGUGCUAUUAGAGUUGGGGGGCCGUCGUGGUUGAAGGCGAUUAUCGGCAGAGCCAGGGAAAACCUGGCAGCCGCCGAGGUCGAGCUGAUGUCUUCAACUUCUCGAGACGUGUGUGAGCUAUGGAAUGGCUCUGAGAUUGUCCGCAGCCUUGGAUCGCCUCCAGUAAGAGAAUUCAUUCUUCUGCUGCCCAAAUCUCGGGAAUCUCGGGAAGAUACCUCUCCCAGUAAUGGAUUGUUUGAGUUCGAGUGCAAAACCAUUAAAGAGGCUGAGCACGAUGGUUACUUGACUACGAGUUUACAAGAGAUCGAACUCAGGGAAUUGAACAGAUCAAACAAAGUCAUCAUCAUCUAUAACGAGUCAACCUCUGCACCCAACAUAUCGCUCAACGUUCAUCCUCAAAAGCGGCACGAAGUGCGAAUGGCUGCUAUACUAGGCACCCUCCUCCAAGUGGGAGUUUUGAUCUAUGCUGGGUUCGCAACAUAUUAUUAUACCUUGAGAUUCCCAAAGGAGGAGAAUAAACCCGUAUCAAACUACGCGUUUCCAUGCACAGCGAGUGGCACAAUCUUCUUGGUAACCGGACUACUGCUCUGUGCCGACGUAGUUGAGAAAAGAACUGCAGAGGUGCAUCGAAAGCCACGGACCGGCUAUAAGGCCUACGCAAUUUGGGUGCAACGCGAAGCGACCGUCGGAGAUCAGGUCUUCAGAUCUUUCGGAAUUCUCUCUGAUGCACAUAGAAAGGAGAUCAUAACAUCACGCCGUGAUAAUGAUAUCAAGAAAGAUUUCGAGGCCUCGUUCGUCGAUAGAGCUGUUCAACUCGUCUGCUACGUGCCAUUGCAGAUCCUGGAGUUACUUAAAAAGGUGUCCGGCAAGAAGACGACGCCUGCUUCGACCCAGAACACAGUACGAUCAUCUAAAACAUCACUCGGGGCAUUUCUCAGCAUUUCUGGGUACGUCAUACAAUUCGUGGGAUUGCGAGACAUGCAUUGGUCUGUUUCUAUUGUCCAGUUGGGAGCAGUCAUAUCGAUGACUGCUGCUCGAGCUGCCAUUCGCCGGGGACUUGCGACCUCCCCGAGCGUCCAGUCUCUAGUCCAAAACUUCGAGCUAGAGUGGCUUGCAUCUACCAUUGUUAGCACGGAUGGCAGACGUUGGGAAGUACCUAAAGCCGACAGUCCACCCUGGACAAAUUGGGUCGUUUUAGCCAAUGAAGACGUAAAGCUUGACUCCACGAAUGACGCAAGAGGCAGCACGGAAGUUCACGCUCAUUCAAGUAACGAAGAGCAUCAAGAUGGAAGCCAAGAGGGCGAUGUCGAUGGUACUGAUGAGGCAAACGAUGAGGACAGCGAAGACGACAGUGAAGACGGCAGCGAAAACAAUAGUGAAGACAGUAGAGAACACGAUAGCGAAGACGGCAGUGAAGACGGCAGCGGGGAGGACUGUGAAGACAAGAUUGAUAAAGACAAUGACGAAGAAGAGAAUGAAGAAAAGGGAAAGAAUGCAGAGGAGAGCGGCGUCGAAACAAGUAGCGAUAUCGGUACUCACAGCGAUGGACUUAGCGACGUCGGCACCAAUAGUCGUGGAUACCUCAGGUCGAAUGUUGUUAUUGAAGCGGCACAUGAUAAUCAAGAAGGGAGCGCGAAUGAGCGCAGCGAUGAGCAUCCCAUGAGCAAGGUCUAUUCCGAGGCUCAAACAAUCAUGACUUUGCGGUCUCACUUUGCCAAAUUAACUGGCUGGAGAAGUCCAGUAUUCACCGAGGCGAAUUCUCUAUCAAGGGCUAUCGAAGUGGUUAUGAAUACGCUAUUCUUCAAAUCCGAGCUCACGCAGUUCAACUGGCCGUUGCGAGCUAUAUACAACGAACGAGAGCCUCAAAUUAUCAACGUCUCCGUGGACCUAGUCAACGGAAAUUGGAAAGUUAGCCGCCACGAUAUGGAAGCGAUUUUGUCGCUAUGGAUAUUCUCCAUGACGAACGUUGCUACAGAUGGACAUGCCUCCCGAGAAAUCGACGCCACUACAAACGGACCAGGAGUGCACCUGUUAGGCGCAGACACACCGCAGCUACGGCGUGACAUCAGGUGGUGGAUACCUCAAGACCUCAGGAAAGUAAUUAUUGUUCGAGAAAGCCCCAAAGGUUCUUUAGUAGUGGAAAAGUCUCUUGUUGUUGGUUGCGGAAGAGCCACUAAACCUAAGGUGAAGCUGGAGCGAAUCGAACUAAACGAUGACGACAAUAAUCCUCCCUAG